AUGAUUAAUCAUCCGAAUUGCAGGGUCAAGAAAAGAACGCUACAUGAUGCGCGUUUAGGUGAAGUCGUUGCGUUGCCGUCGCGGAUUGUGGAUGUCGGGGCGGAUGGAUCGCAAGAGCUCCGAUUACUCGAGAGUGAAGGUAUGAAAGGGACAUAUCUAACACUAAGCCACUGCUGGGGAGGCGGCGUCGCAGUGAAGACGCUGCUUUCGAAUCUAGACGACUACAAAAAACGCAUACCGAUGCAUGUACUGAGUGCAAAUCUGAGAGACGCGGUGCUGACUACUCGUCGUCUCGGGUUCCGCUACCUCUGGAUAGAUUCAUUGUGCAUCAUUCAAGACAGCACAGCAGACUGGGAAAUCGAAGCUUCAAAGAUGGCUCAGAUUUAUAAUCGCUCUACCCUUACCAUAUCCGCGUCUCGCGCUCCAUCCUCCGACACUGGAUUUCUGCAAGGUACCAACGACGAUGACACCAGAUCGGGAUUCGUACCUAUAUGUCAUCCCCGCGGACUGGGAAGGUACUAUUUUAACCAGCGCACACCUGAGUCGAGUUCGUACCUCACAGACGUCGAGCGCGGUCCGUUGAACAGACGGGGUUGGACACUCCAGGAACGCAUCCUAUCGCGCCGCAGUAUCUUCUUCGGAGCGGCACAAAUGCACUGGGAAUGCCAGACGACCCGCUACUCUCAAAACACACAGCUCGAGCCCCAGGAAUUCGAGAAGAUGACUGGGGGUGUGUCGUCGCUUCGCAGCAUUCUCAACCUCGAUACUGGUACUGGUACAGGGGCAACAAGAGAGCAAGAAACGUUAAAAUUGUGGUAUGAAGUUCUAUCGCAGUUCGUGGAGAGAAACCUCACGUUCCCGGAUGACAAGUUACCUGCGCUAUCGGGGAUUGUUCGUACUGGUGAUGAGGAUCGGAAAACCAGCUACGUAGCCGGACUCUGGAAACAGGAUAUACCCCGCGGACUGAUGUGGAUGAUUCCUCCUCAGCCCAAGACGCGCGUUCCAUCGUGGUCGUGGAGU